AUGUUAGUGGUCAUCAGUCAUUUAUUAAUACGAAUCAAAAUUGAUGGAGACAGCAUAUAUAAGUUAGGUGAAAAAUUUGGCUGCGAUUUUGAAACAGAAGCUGUUGAUCUCUUAGAACAAGCGGCAGCUUUAGAUUUAAAGGUGGUUGGUGUAGCAUUCCAUGUAGGAAGUGCAUGUUCUUCGGCAAAUAGCCACAUAGUCGGUCUGCAACAAGCGAGAGCACUGUUUGAUCACGAAGCCAAAGCAGGGAGAGGAAUGAGUAUACUAGAUAUAGGUGGAGGAUUUUUAAGUGACCGAACUGAUAGGAUUGAUCAGGUUACAAGAGGGGGUGAGGCGGUGAAUAUGAUCUAUAUGAACGACGGACUUUUUGGCACCCUGAGAUAUAACGAGCCCUGGCAUACAGUUAAACGGUUUGAGCGAAGUACAGAUAUUUCAAAGAACAAUUUGGAAAAAACGAUUCUCUGGGGGCCAAGCUGCGACUCAACAGAUCGCGUGAUGCAGAAUUUGGAUGUGAUGCUGCCUCGCUGCACACCUCUUGACUGGCUUGUGUUCACCACCCAGGGAGCUUACACAUACGGCUUUUCAAGCUAUUUCUCUUGUUUGGAAAAACCUUUAACACGUUCGGUUAUUUCUAAAGAACUGUGGAAUCAAAUAAAAGACAGCAAAUUUUUUAGACCUGAAGAAUUUAUAACUGAACCUGAUAUUUCAUCGCCACUUCCCUCAACUUUACCUUCAAUUACGAAGUCAACUAGAAUAUCUAUUUCGAACAACACUUUGAAGAUAUAAAGUGAUUCCGCUCUGAAAGUUUGUCACCUUUUUAAAGUUUUUCCUGUUUUUCGCUAUCAUGCUGUGAUUUUUUCAUCCACUUCAGUUUUAGACAAAAGUGUAAACAUUUUGGUUUUAAGUUUUAUGUAUAAAAUGAAACUGACUUACAAGUAAUCGCACCGCAAUUAACACCACAAACACAUUAUUAAUCGUACCUCAAAGUUAGUAAUAGAUGGUAUACUCGUAGUACAACGAGCGGUCCGCGGUUUUAUGACUAAUGAGACGAACAUUUCUUCCAGACGAUCCUAAAAGAUUUGGUGAAAUUGUAUCGAGAUUUUUAUUUUUCGGUGUGACAAUUUCUAUUUGUUGUUUUCAAUUUCAAAUAAUAAAAAAUUUAAUUUUUA